UUGCAUCAUUAUCCACUCAGAUCAGAGCAGAGAAGCUAAGCGAGCGAGCAAUCAGAGAUCAAAGACAGAAGAAAAAAUGGUUCAUGAAGAGUUCAGAAAGGGCCCCUGGACGGAACAGGAAGAUGUUCAGCUGGUAUUUUAUGUGAACUUGUUCGGCGACCGCCGGUGGGAUUUUCUGGCCAAAGUUUCAGGUUUGAAAAGGACCGGAAAGAGUUGCCGGCUCCGGUGGGUGAAUUACUUGCACCCUGGCCUCAAACGUUGCAAGAUGACUCCUCAAGAAGAACGCCUCAUUCUUGAAUUUCACUCCAAAUGGGGCAACAAGUGGUCGAGAAUUGCUCGGAAGUUGCCGGGGAGAACAGAUAACGAGAUCAAGAAUUACUGGAGAACCCACAUGAGGAAGAAGGCUCAGGAGAAGAAGAAGAACAACAACAACGGCGGCGCGUGCAUAUCGGCGUCCUCCUCCUCGCUCACAAACUGCUGCUCCUACUCUUCUUCCGCCAACAGCCCGCCGGCGGUGGAGUCGGUGGUGGACGAGGCAAACGAGCGGGACUUCUACGACACCGGCGGCGUCGACGAGGAGCUGCCGCCGACUCACGACAACGGCGCCGCCGCCGCCGCCAAGGCCUACACCAUGGAUGAGAUAUGGAAAGACAUCGAACAGUUGGGAGAUGUUUAUUGCGGUAACCAACCGAGAAGCGUGACGUCGUCGUCGUCUCCGAUGUGGAAUUAUUGGGCGGAGACAUUAUUGAUGACGGCGGACUAUAACCACGGCGGCGGCGGAGAAAGUAAGAUAGUGCCGUUUCCUCCUCCUCCUCCUCCUACUAACGAUCAAUUUUAUAGCAGCUUUGACAACCAAGAUAGCAUAUUUUUGACUGGCUAAGCUAAUUAAUCAUUUGUUGAAUUAAUUAGUAUUUGUUGUUAAUUAACUCUGAUCUGUGCAUAGUAGCUAUGGUGCUCAUCUAUGGCCGCCCUCCAUCUCUCUGGGUCGUCGUCGUCUUCGUCGAUCAAUGCUAGAUUACGUACUCUCUUUAUGUUUUUAUGUCUCCAGUACAUGUUCCCAGAUUGUAUGACUGUAUUUCCAUGAAACUAUAUAUAUAUAUAUAUAAAUGUGCACUCUCUUUAAUAUA